AUGGAAAAUAAAGUAUUGGAAUAUGUACUUUUCCUCAUCCUAAAGAGUGAUGGUGUAUAUUUGAAAGAGAUAGAGAUAUUCAAUUCGGUUUUGCUGUGGAUUCGUGCCAAUGUCAAAGGUGUCACAAUUGAGAGAAUUGUUGGUGGUGUUAGAGGUAAUUCAGAGAAUAACAAAAAUAACAACAAUGAAAAGGUUUUAGCAAAAUUAGAAGAGAUUUUCCAAUUGAUUCGUUUUCCACUAAUGAGUUACGAGGAGUUAGUUUCUGAUGUCGAACCAUAUCAAAUUAUACCAGACCGAUUGCUAUUGGAAGCUUAUCGAUACAAGUCAGUGCCUGCACACUCAAAAUUACCUCAAACCUCUAUCAUUAUCAGCAAGCAUCGAUUGCAAAACAGUAACAUCACAACUCAUAUAAUUCAAUAA